UAAAUGUGGUAAAAAUAAAUAUAUAGAGGAUAUGGCAGGGCGGCCAUAUCUUCCUUGUCGUGGUGGAGGAGCUUGCGUGCCUCAAUGACCCUGAGAGCUAUACCGACGGGGGGUCUUCCUCCAGCAUGUCUAACCUUGGCGGGCAGGUCAAAGGGUAGAGGCCAGGCGUAAUGGUAGUCACUGGCCCUCCAGUUUGGGGGUUGGGCGUGCGGCUAAUCACUGCAUCCCAUAAAGGUACUUGAUUACGCAAACCGAAAAGACGAUUGACGAACUGGAACCCUGUCAACGAGAGAAUCAUGAGCGCACGCUGCAGCUCACGCUAUGCAAAACUCAUUGUUAUCCAAGUGUACGCGCCCACCAGUGACGCAGAUGACGAAUCUAGGGGAGAAUUUUAUGAACAACUGCAGCGGGAGGUUGAAACAACACCCAGACAUGAUGUACUAAUUGUGAUGGGGGACCUGAAUGCCAAAAUCGGAGAGGGCAAUGAAGGAUGGGAGAAGGUGAUGGGACGAUAUGGACUUGGAGGAAUGAACGAGAACGGAGAGAGGCUAGCGACGUUCUAUGGCAACAACGACUUGGUGAUUGGAGGCUCUCUAUUCAAGCAUAGAGACAUUCAUAAGAUUACGUGGACCUCCCCGAAUGCAAGAGAUGGGAAUCAAAUCGACCAUAUCACUAUCAAUGGUAGACACAGAGGUUCGCUGAUGGACACCCGAGCAAUGAGAGGGGCUGAUGCCAACUCGGACCAUCACAUGGUGAUGGAAAAGGUUAUCCUGAAACUAUGCAGCACAAAGAGGAAGAGGAAGGAGAGGAUCAUCUUUGACAUCAAGAAGCUUCGAGAUUCCUGUGUCAAAUAGGUAUUUCGGCUGC